AUGAGCGGACAGGUGGACAAGAAGCAGGAGGCCGACUACACGGAGCAGGUCGACGAGCUCAUCCCACAGGCUCAGCAAGCAGCAAAGGCCGGCCAGCUCCAGCAGGCACUUGAAAACGUGUUUGCGCUCGAGAAAAAGGCCAGGAACGCCGCCGACCUCUCGAGCACCACCCGCCUCCUCCUCCUCGCCGUCCUCCUCAUCCGCACCACACCAUCGCCCACCAGCACCGACUGGGACCUCCUCUCCGACACCGUCACCUCGCUCUCCAAGAAGCAUGGCCAGCUCAAACAGGCCAUCACCAAGAUGGUCCAGCUCGUCAUGCUCUCCCUCCACAAGCCCGUCGACCCCGUCGCCGAACGGGCAGACAAGGAGCGAGAGCAGCAGCAGCAGCAGGCGCUUCACGACGAGGACAUGAAGGAUGCCGACGCGGACAAGCAAAAGGACGGCGCUGCAAAGGGCGAGUCCAAGGACGACGCGGCCAAGAAGCGCGCCAAGGACGACGAGAAGCGCGAAAACGAAAAGCAGGGCAAGGAAAACGAAAAGAUCACCGCGCUGAUGGACGAGGGAAAGCGGAUCGGCGACACGGGCGUCACCGAGGACACGAGACGGAAGCUGGUCAAGACGCUGCGAACCGUGACCGAGGGCAAGAUCUUUGUCGAGGUCGAGCGGGCGCGCGUCACCCUCAUCCUGUCGCAGAUGCUCUACGCCGAGGGCAAGGUCAACGACGCCGCAGAGACGCUCCAGGAGCUCGCCGUGGAGACGUUUGGCAGCAUGGAUCGGCGCGAAAAGGUCGAGUUCAUCCUCGAGCAGAUGCGGCUCAACCUCGAGCGCGGCGACUACACCCGCCUCGCCAUCGUCGCCAAGAAGAUUAACCCCAAGUUCUUUGAGAAUGAAAAGCAGCAGGACCUCAAGCUGCGCUUCUACGACCUCAUGAUCCGCCACUCGCUCCACGCCAACAAGUUCCUCGACACGUGCAGAUACUACCGCGAGAUCCACGAUACCCCCUCGAUCCAGGCGGACCCGGCAAAGGCCGCCGACGUCCUCCGCAACGUCGUCGUCUUCCUCGCGCUGAGCCCGUACAACAACGAGCAGAGCGAUCUGAUGGCACGCGUCGAGGCGACAGACGGCCUCGACAGCGUUCCCGAGCACAAGAACCUGCUCAAGUGCUUUACCACGCCCGAGUUGAUGCGAUGGCCUGGAAUCGAGACGCUGUACGGUCCCAUGCUGCGGUCUACGGCCACCUUUGCCCCGGGCAAGGAGGGUGACCACCGGUGGGAGGAGCUGCACAAGCGCGUCGUUGAGCACAACAUCCGCGUGGUGGCGAAAUACUAUACAAAGAUCCGCCUGUCGCGGCUGGCGCAGCUGCUCGACCUGUCUCCAGAAGCGUCCGAGUCGUCGCUGGCGUCGCUGGUGUCGUCGGGCACCGUAUUUGCCAAGAUGGACCGUCCGGCGGGCGUCAUCAACUUUGAGGCCAAGAAGUCCAACGCCGACAUCCUCAACGCAUGGAGCAACGACCUGCAGAGGCUGAUGGGCACCGUCGAGAAGGUCACCCACCUCGUCGAGAAGGAGUGGGCCGUCCACCGCGCCGGCAUCAGCGCAAAGGCGGCAGAGUAG